GUUACAUAAAAGCCACUGCAAAAAUUUGCUCUAAAUCUGGAUUUUAGCCACACUCACAUCUCCUUUUCUAUGUGUUUACAUCUAUAUGUUCACUGUGACUAUUGUGAUUACUAUGUGUGACUUCUACAACGAACUCCAUUUAGAGAAAUUUAAAUGGAACUCCAGCGUCAAGUCGUCUGCCAAUACGAAGUAAAGGUAACGUGAACUAUCCGUUACACCACCCGGCUAGUUACCCGUGUUUUGUUCUUGGUGAAACAUAUAUGUACUACGGGGUUUCGAAGUAUACUCUUCUUUUGUAACCGUGAAACCAUUGUUCUGUUCGUAUUGUGCUACCUGUUACGUAACAUGUCGUUGAACUUGUUCUACCUUCUCGUGCAUAUCCUUGCCGUACUUGUAUGUUCACGUGAAAACUAUGCUUUACGUUUUGAUGUCCCAUCUCUUCCAAGCCACGUAUGGACAAAUUACAACGAUGAACUUUCAGAUAUACUCGAGCCCUUACAUUUUGAAUUAGGUUCUGAAAGUGUUUCUCCAAAAGUAGCUGGAGAGCAAUUUUCACAUCUGCUAACAACCUUCCUGUCUAGCAAAAGUGAAUUCACACGUGAAGAAAGGGAAAGUCGGUUCCAAAGUCAUGUACCAAAAACACUCUCGGAGGCUAAGAAAAAGAAGAAUGAAUUGCGGAAAAAAGCAUUUGGUAGACAUGGUACGGAAGAAGAUAGGAAAGCCUUUCAAGAAGCAGUCAAAACAGUUAGCUUCUUAAACAAAAUAAAGCGAAGAAAUGACGAGCGUAAGCUCACAUCACAUCAGGAAAAAAUGUUCAGGAGUAAUUUUUUUGACUUCGCGAAAAAAUGUUCAGAAGGAAAGCUACUUUCCUCCCAACAGAAACCUCAGUUCUCUAAGGAGGAAGCUGAUAAGUACUUUCUAUCCAAAUACUCUGAGCAAUCCCCAUUAGACUUUUCACAAUUGAACUGGUUCCCCUGGUUACCCGAUAGAUUUGAUACCAGUUUUGACAUGAAUGCUAUUAAACCUAAAGAUAUUAAAAACAUCCUUCGAGCAAAGAAAUCUAAAUCAGCCCCUGGAGAUGAUGGUAUUAUGUAUGGAAUACUGAGAAAUCUCCCGACUACGCACAGAUUUAUGGCCACUCUGUUCACCAAAAUACUCACUGAGGGGGACCCACCCGAAUGUUGGAAAAACAGCAGAAUAACUCUCUUACACAAAGGUGGCGACACGAAAGACCCUUCAAAUUUUCGUAUGAUAGCUCUUACCUCCUGCGUAGGAAAGUUAUAUCACCAGAUCCUAGCCAGCAGAACGAUAAGUUACCUCCAAGCUAAUAACCUAAUCGAUACCACAACCCAAAAGGCAUUUCUUCCUGACGUUAGUGGAUGUAUAGAACACUCGAGAUGCCUUACGGAGAUCAUCGCUGAUGCCCGUCAUAGGAAGAGAACAGUUCAUGUAACAUUUUUCGAUCUCGCGGAUGCGUUUGGAUCUGUGAAUCACGAUUUGAUAGCUCAUACCCUUGAACGAAAUGGGAUCCCACCUUCGAUUAUUAGAUAUGUUAAAGAUUCUCCUGAGAAAUUUCUUGGUACAUGGGUCACAGGUUCGUCUCAUGGUUGCAUGAAUAUGAUAAGAGAUAAAAUAGAAACAACCUUAAACAACAUAGAUUCUGUAUGUAUCCGUCCAGAGUAUAAACUGAAAAUAUACACGAAAUAUUUUCUUUAUGCAAUUAAAUUCCUGCUUUCUGUGCAUGACCUCACUAAGACGCAAAGAUCUAGUCUUGACAAGUGCAGCUCAAGGUUCUUAAAGAAGUGGCUGAAUAUGCCACAAGGGGCAACACUUGCAAUUGUUCACUGCCAACAAGGUAUGGAUAUUCCUACCAUCUCCCAAGUCUAUAGCGAAUGUCAUGCACAGACAGUAGCACAUUGCCUUAUUCGUGCUGAUGAAAGAGUCAAUGCCGCUAUGACGGCAUGUAUAGUAAGAGAAGAAUCUUACUCUAGGAAGUCGUAUGGUAAUACUGAUGCUAGAGAUAUGGUAAACAUUGCAAUGAACACCACGCCUGAUAGAAAAUGGUCGAAAGUGAAAUCAAAUAUCACAUGUGCUGUUAAAAACAAAUAUCAAGAUAUAUGGACCGAUAAGGUUGAGGGAUUGCUGCUCCAAGGUAAAUUCUUGGAGCUCAUGAGGCUUGAGCAGGAAGAUCUCACCUGGAAAAGUAUUAUAUACGACCUACCAUCCAAAGUUCUUAGUUUUGCAGUCAGGUCAUCUAUUGACUGUCUCCCUACUUUCAGGAACCUUCAGAGAUGGGGUAAAAAACUCUCGGCAAAUUGUAAACUGUGUGGAAAUAAACAGACCCUCCUGCAUGUUCUAAAUGGAUGCAAAAUCAUGUUAGAACAAGGUCGAUACACAUGGAGACACAACAACAUUUUGAAUGCGAUAUACGAGUGUCUUCAGUCAUCAAUAUCUGGAGAUUACACUCUCCGAGUAGAUCUUCCUGACAAAGCCAAUCAUCCCACAAUUCCUAUGAAUAUUCUACCGACUCCACUAAGACCCGAUCUUGUUCUUUCAUCUGUCCAAAAUAAAGAAGUCAUUGUUGUUGAGCUCACAGUUCCCUUCGAACAGAACAUUGAUUCACGUCAUGUGAGCAAAUGCAAUAAGUAUGCACCUCUAACUAAUGACAUUAUUGACCAGGGAUAUUCAUGCAAACUUUUCUGUAUAGAAGUAGGUUCAAGAGGUUAUGUGUCUAAGCAAAAUAAAGUUAGAAUCAAAUCAUUACUCAAAACGAUGAAACUAGGGAAGAAAAACAAAGCGAUGUUGAAUAGAAUAAGCAAGAUGAGCAUCAUGACUAGCUAUUCUUUGUUCCUUGCAAAAGACCAACCAACUUGGACCGAGCCCCCAUUGCUCAGUGUCCCGGAAAACAACCAAAGCUAGCCUUCUUUAUCUGCUUGAUAAUUUUGACCAUUAUAAAGAUGAGUAACUCCACUUUUUUUUCCUCUCAAGAUAUAGGUAUUGUGAUCUCUAAAUUAUAAUUUAUAUUCAGUGACGUUUAUGAAACAAUUACAUGUAUACUUACUGUCUAAUAAUAACAUACAUAGAAUGUGAAUCAUUCAAACAAUAUAUUUCAUUAAAUCAAUGGAUUAUUAGUAAUAUCUAUAACUUCCAAAUGUCAAUCAGAAUAAACAAUUUGAACUUUUUUUUACAUUUAUUAGUCUAUCUAUUUUAAAACAUCAUAAUUACAAUAGUUCACAUAAUGGAAAUAUUUAUCAUAACAAGAUUCUAUGAACUUUAAUAAGUAC